AUGGAGUCGCCGCCGGGCAUUGCGGCCCUCUUCGUCAUUCGCUUCGACAUUAGAGCUGGAUAUGUGGUUUCAUGGAAGCGAACUAUUCCGGGAGUUGAAGUCGAAGGGGUCGUGGAAUACAAGUCGCUCCCUUCGGGGCUACACAACGUGACUGAAGACCUGGUGUACUUCGUCCAUGAUCAAUAUGCCGGUAUCAGCGCGUUUCUCAAUCAGCCCGCUUCGGAGGCGGAACGCAAUGCGAAGAUGUUCGCGAUCGGGGUUCUGGUUCCGCUGAGCUCUGGAAGACUAGGGAAGAGCUGGAGACAUGCUCCGAAGCUGCGGGAAUUGACGCUGAAACAUGCCGCGGAUAUGUCUGAUACACAAGCGUUGUCUGAAUACUGGGACUCUUUCCAGUUUGGAAGCGCCAACGCUGCCGCGCCAGAGUCGCCCCUCGAUUCCCCGCUUAGUCUGCGAUUCCGACCGGGCGAUAGACCAGACGGGCACCGAAACCGCGCUUUUAGUGAUGCGAUGGUAUUGGAGGCUUCUAGGCCGGCCCUGACGCCUUUCCAUCCCGCAUCAUCUCUGCCAGAUUUUCUCGAGUCCUUCGGGCCCUUGAUAUUCCCAUUGUACAGAACAGCGUUGCUGCGGAAGCGCAUCCUUUUCAUGGUUGAAGCUCCGGUACACACCCCGUGCAAUUAUGUAUAUGAUCUCUCAUUGCUAGCAUCUCUUCCGAAUUCCCUCCUGCAAGCUCUUCCCGAAGACCACACGCCGCCAUUGCGGCCUCGCCCUCUGUUCAAUGUUGGAAUUCACGAUAUUCCAGAUCUCGCCUCAUAUGACUCCUCAAGAUCCACGCAAGACCUCGAGAAGGAUCCCAGUUGGAUCGCCUGCUCGACAGAUAGCGUGUUGAGCAUGAAGCCCGAGCUCUACGAUGCACUCGUCACCAUUCCCCCGACGCACUCCCAAGAUUCCGAGCGGGCUUUCCCAAAAAUUGCCUUGAUGGAUCAUUCUAGUAAAAAGCACAAUUCAAACCAAACAGUUCAACUCAAAGCGACACAAAGAGACGCCCGCAGAUAUGCCAUGCUGCGCAGAGGUCUUCGGCAGUUCUCCAACAACAGAGCGACGGCUCCAGACACGGACGAUUCUGACGCCGAUUCAACGUACUCAUCCAGUCCAAUCGUCGAGCCUCUUUCCUGGACUCGACUAGCUUAUACCUCCUUCAUGUGGUGGGCUUCAGCCGGCGAAAAUCGCGACGGCCUAUCCAAAGAAGAGGAAGAGCAGCAGUUUGAACAAGACGCCCGACUUCUGGCAAGUGUGGAAAGUCUUGCAUAUCCCACCCCCAACUCGACGGGACGUCGGUCCCUCCACCUUGAAAACCACGGUCAGGAACCUCCAGAAGUCGCGCUGGUAGCCUACUUUCGCCGUCUCACGACUCAGAUCUUCUAUACAUUGGCUGGUGCUGUUGCUCGAUAUGACUCAGAAGGCCAUAGCGAUGCCUAUGAGCCUUAUCAAGAUGAUCCCGCCAACGAUGAGGCAGAUCUAUCUCUUUCCAUGUCUCGCUCUCUCGAUGCCGAAGACGACGACAAUGCCCCUCUGCUACGCCAGAGACAACACGCAAACCAAUCGCGUCAUGAUAAUUCGAGACAGAGUAGUGAAGCAGAAGAGCCGAUCCCUAUCACUAUCGCCGAUAUGGCAGAGAUGGGCCUUGACGUGUGGAGCGCGACGGACCGCAUCUUCGUUGAAGAGCUGGUCUUGCUCUGGUGGGGCAGGUUUGCAUAUGUUGACAGUGCACGCAUUCGCUGCUGCGGCAUUUCCAUCUUGUAG